GAACGGUUGAAGUGCUUUGUUUGUUUUGUCUCUUGACCAAACGGUUGCUCAGGCCAUCCUGGGCAAUGGUGUGCUGUUGAUCCAGUCCUUCCUUGCUUUCUUGGCCGUUUUGGGUACUUUCAGCAUGCGGUUCGAUUUGCUGGCGCUGGCUACUCUGGCCGGCGCGUCGACGCUCACUCCGAACGCCCUCCCGCUGAUCGUCCGAAAUCCGUAUCUGAGCACCUGGCUGUACCAUGCUCGCAACGCUCCGUGGGAAAACUGGCCUAUGUUCUGGACAGGCGCUCAUGUCGGCUUCUCCGUCAUGGCAUCCGUGCAUAGCGCGGGCAAGGUCUAUCCGUUGCUUGGGCGGCCCCAAGACUCACUUCCUUUCAACAGUCCCCGGUAUAGGAUUGCGUACCCGGAAUACCUUGGUGCCACUUUUGAUGCUUCGACAACGAAUCUGACAUACGACAUCAUUGGGCCGUGGGACAAGUCAGUUCGCCUAACGCUGUCGUUUCUGUCACCGAUCACGCCUUCAUCGACUUUCCGGCAGUCAAUUCCCGCCGCCUAUCUUACUGUCAUUGCCGAGGGGUGUCUUGACGUUGACAUAUACACCGAUGUCAAUGGUGAGUGGGUCACUGGGAACAGGGGCAACUUGGUCAAAUGGGAGCUGCACAGGGCCAAUCGCUCCGAAAGCGCUUCAGCAACGCGUCUGCAAACGUGGAAGGUAGCGCGAGCUGGCGAGCAACUCUUUACUGAGUUUGGCGACCGUGCCGAAUGGGGCACUUUGCACUUCACUGCUCCCGCCGAUGUCCGACACCAGAGCGGAACAUCUGCGUUAGUCCGUCAGCAUUUUGCCGAGACUGGGUCUCUGAAAAAUGAGGUCGACACCAAGUUCCGCCGGGUGAUGGAGGAUGAGCCGGUCUUUGCCUUUGCCAAGUCUUUCAAACUUUCUGACGACCACAAGACCGGCUGCCCUAGGCAGGAGGCAAGCGUUGGGUUCACGUUUGCUUUGAUCCAGGAUCCUGUGGUUCAAUUCGCCUCAGCAAAGGGACUGAUGCACAUGAAGCCGCUCUGGAAAUCGUACAUUUCAUCCGCGGACGAGCUGAUUGCGUAUCACUACGGCGACUUCGAGACCGCAGCAUCCCUUGCCAGGAACUAUUCUGACUCGCUGGCUCACGAUGCAUACAACUCGGGCUCGCUGGAGUACCAGGACAUUGCAGCCCUCUCAGCCCGCCAGGUCCUCGGAGCUACGCAAUUCUCGGGAACGCCAGACAACCCGAUCCUCUUCCUGAAGGAGAUCUCUUCCAACGGCAACUUCCAGACAGUAGACGUCAUCUUCCCGGCCUUCCCAUUCUUCCUCUACACCAACCCGCAGUGGCUGGCUUACCUGCUUGAACCCCUGCUCGAGCAUCAGCUGAGCGGCCAAUAUCCGAAUGACUAUAGCAUGCACGACCUAGGUGCGCACUUUCCCAACGCGACGGGCCACCCUGACGGAAACGACGAAUAUAUGCCGGUUGAGGAAUGCGGGAACAUGCUUAUUAUGGGGCUGGCCCUGGCCAAUGCUCUGAGGUAUGAUACCAAGCCUGCGACCUUGAAGGCUAUUGCGGCAGAAGGUGCCGAGACGAUUCCAACCUUUGGGUUGUGGAGGGAGUCGGUCGACAAGUACGGGAUCGACCUCCCCAAGGACGUUGAUGCGGCAGUAGGCUCCGCGGCAGCCAAGAAAUGGCUCACACGCUCGUACAAGCUCUGGAAGCAAUGGACUGGCUAUCUUGUCAGGGAGUCACUCAUUCCGGCCAACCAGCUGUGUACGGACGAUUUUGCUGGCUGGCUAGCCAACCAGACCAACCUGGCACUCAAAGGCAUCAUCGGCAUCAAAGCCAUGAGCGAGAUCGCCGACAUUCUGGGCGAAAUGGACGAAGCCAAGUCCUACCGAGACACUGCGGCCUCCUACAUUGAAAAGUGGCAGGAGUACGGCAUCUCCAGAGACCAAACCCAUGCGAAGCUGGCUUACACGUGGUACGGCUCCUGGACGACCAUCUACAACCUCUAUGCCGACUCUUUGUUAUGCUUCCACGUCCCGGAUAAGCACGGAGCCAUGUCAGAUCACCCGCAAGAGCGCCAACAGCCUCUUCGGAGUCAGGCCGAGCAUGCGCAAACUUUCAUCCCCGACAGGGUCUACCAGAUGCAGAGUGAUUGGUACCAUGCAGUGCUCCAGAAAUAUGGGCUGCCCCUGGACUCGAGACACCUGUAUACCAAGAGCGACUGGGAGUUCUUUGCGGCAGCCGUGACGGGCAAGAAGACACGGACUGAGAUUCUCACGUCGGUGGCGAAGUGGGUGAAUGAGACGUCUGUUGGUAAACCGACCCUUUACCGACUUGUACGAGACCGAAGGUGACGGAGGAUUUCCCCAGGGAAUUUACUUCAUGGCGAGACCGGUGGUGGGGGGUCACUUUGCGUUUUUGGCGCUGGAGAGGGCGUGCGGCGGCAAGGCUGUGGAAGCGCUGAGCUUCCUGGAUGACAAGCCGCCUGCCGAGAUCAACGUCGAGCAGAUUUUGCUGGCGGAUCUGGGGCGCGGGAUGGACUCAGAGAGCAGUAAGUGGCAAGACCUUUAGGUAAGGUAGGUCAGGGGAUUGUACAUACAUUACCUGGCAAGAUACCUUUAGCGGACGCUCUACGUUGGAAUAGUUAACUUGUAUCCCAAGCAAGGCAUUGCUCAUGUGAGAUUGAGAAAAGGGUGGUUCAAGAACUUCAAUUGCGUCCUACCUCAGGAAUGCG